AGGAAAAUGGGAGAUGUUUGGUGUUUUGAUGCUAAAUAAUCAAUAUUCGAUGAGCCUCAAGGAAAAACUUAUUACCUACUGUAAAGGUUUUUUAAUAUUUGACGAGAUAUUUAGAAAAUAAUUUCUGAUAAUCUACAUUUGCGGCAAUGGCAACUGCUGUGGUUAAUAAUCAGAAGAAAACAGUGCCUUCUACCAAUGUACCCACCGGAGGAGUGCGUAAAAAAUCUGGACCAAAGUUUGAAUUAACUGAAGAGCAGAGACGUGAUAUAAAAGAAGCGUUCGAUCUAUUUGACACAGAAAAUACAGGAAAAAUAGAUACAAAAGAAUUAAAAGUAGCAAUAAGAGCUUUAGGUUUUGAACCAAAGAAAGAAGAAAUAAAAAAAAUGAUAGCUGAAAUAGAUAAAGGUGAUGGAAAAGUAUCCUUUACAGAUUUUCUUGAUUUGAUGACAGUGAAAAUGGCUGAGAAAGAUACCAAAGAAGAAAUAAUGAAAGCCUUUAAACUCUUUGAUGAUGAUGAAACAGGUAAAAUAUCAUUUAAAAACCUUAAAAGGGUGGCAAAGGAACUUGGAGAAAAUUUAACUGAUGAAGAACUGCAUGAAAUGAUAGAUGAGGCAGAUAGGGAUGGAGAUGGAGAAAUCAAUCAAGAAGAGUUCUUGAGGAUAAUGAAAAAGACAAGUCUUUAUUAAAUAUUAUGGCACAAAUAUGUACAAAGUACAUCAAAUACUUUGGGAAUUAAAAAUGUUCAGUGAUAAAUAAGGUUUUUAUAGCUAAAGAAUCUAUUGUAAGCAGUAUUAUUUAUAAAUAUUUGCAGUGCUAUGUUUGCAAACUUCAGUAUAUUGAUAUUGGUAAUAUUACUUAAUUUUAUGGUGCACUAUUUGAAGAGCAUUAUUAUCAACAUUAUUUAAUUAAAUGUACCUAUCAAAUUAUUUAUUACAUGGAUAUUUUCAAUGCUAAGCAUUUGAUGUGUAUCUAAAAUAUUAGUUGUGAAUAUGCACAAUUCUUUUUGUCUUAUAAAUUUUUUCUAAUUUUCUUAUAAAUUAGAAAAAAGUUUACAUUCUUAAAUAUAUUUAUCCUAUUGCCAGACUACUGAUGAAAAUUGUCAUUCCAAUAAUUUUUGGCUUUCUUGCUGUUAAAUAAAAAUUAAACUCGUAUUAUUAUAAUUGAGAUAUUCUAAAUAAUAAAUCUUAUUUUCAAUAAUCUCGUUGGAUUGCAUGCUAUGAUGAGAAUCUUUUUUAUCCUACAUGCAUGGUAAUAUGUUCACUAUUAUAAUAUUAAUUUUUUAAACGAUAUAUAUUAAUAAUAAAAGUUAGAUGAUGAUUGAAUGUUUGUUGAUGUUGCUAAGUGUACUAUGUUCUUUAUAGAAAGAUGGUGAAAACAACACAGUACCUAUAUUUUCUAGGUGGUCUAUUUACAAUUACAUAUCAGUAUGAUCCGAAUCUGUUGCUUUUGGCUUUUAUUUCAAGUAAGACCAUUACAUACCUAUGUACUAUUUACACAAUGCAUAGACCUAAUGUAAAUGAUGGAGAAUCCUGUAUGUUAUUAUAGUAUGUCAUAGGCUUCAUGAAAUGAAACUAGAUUG